AUGACGCUGGCAACAAUUACUCAGCCCUCUCUUAUUCUUUGUGACGGAGAGGAACCACAACAGGAUCUGGUGACUUUUGAGGAGGUCACUGUGUACUUCACUGAGGAGGAGUGGGCGCUGCUGGAUCCUGACCAGAGAGCCCUGCACAGACAGAUCAUGGAGGAGAACCGUGGGAUCGUGGCCUCUCUCGAAGUUGACAGGCGUAAAGUGCAGACUAAAAGGGAACCAUGUGGGAUGCCACUGGAAAAAGACAGAUGUAAAAAGAGCAAAACGCAGAAAAGGGAAACUGAAGUAAAUCAGAAUAGCAUGAAUAAUUCCUUUAUUUCUCAUGACGGUGGCUACUAUGAUAUCACAAUCCAAGAAGAAAUGAAUUCUGAAUCACACGGUAAAGCUCAUUUCAAGACUCACACACUGAAGAAAUCACAUCCAUGUCUGGAGUGGGAAAAGAGCUUCGAUCCAAACAGUACUCUCACUAUAUAUCAAAGAACACUUGCAAGCGAGAAACCAUAUCAUUGUUUGGAAUGCGGAAAGAGCUUCAGCCAGAAGAUUUCUCUCAUUAAUCAUCAGAGAAAUCACACAGGAGAGAAACCAUAUCAUUGUUUGGAGUGUGAAAAGAGCUUCAGUUGGAGGAAAACUCUAAUUUCUCAUCAAAGAACUCACACAGAGCAAAAACCAUAUCAUUGUUUGGAGUGUGGAAAGAGCUUCAGUCAGAAGAUUCAUCUUACUUAUCAUGAGAGAACUCAUACAGGAGAGAAACCAUAUCAUUGUUUGGAGUGUGGAAGGAACUUCAGCCAGAAGAUUUCUCUUAUUAAUCAUCAGAGAACUCACACAGGAGAGAAACCAUAUCAUUGUUUGGAGUGUGGAAAGAGCUUCAGUUGGAAGAAAACUCUAAUUUCUCAUCAAAGAAUUCACACAGAGGAAAAACCAUAUCAUUGUUUGCAGUGUGGAAAGAGCUUCAGUCAGAAGAUUAAUUUUAGUUAUCAUCAGAGAACUCACACAGAAGAGAAACCAUAUCAUUGUUUGGAGUGUGGAAAGAGCUUCAGCCAGAAGAUUUCUUUCAUUAAUCAUCAGAGAACUCACACAGGGGAGAAACCAUAUCAUUGUUUGGAAUGUGGAAAGAGCUUCAGUCAGAAGAUUAAUCUCACUUAUCAUCAGAGAACUCACACAGGAGAGAAACCAUAUCAUUGUUUGGAGUGUGGAAAGAACUUCAGCCAUAAGAUUUCUCUCAUUAAUCAUCAGAGAACUCACACAGGAGAGAAACCAUAUCAUUGUUUGGAGUGUGGAAAGAGCUUCAGUUGGAAGAACACUCUAAUUUCUCAUCAAACAACUCACACAGAGGAAAAACCAUAUCAUUGUUUGCAGUGUGGAAAGAGCUUCAGUCAGAAGAUUAAUUUUACUUAUCAUCAGAGAACUCACACAGGCGAGAAACCAUAUCAUUGUUUGGAGUGUGGAAAAAACUUCAGCCAGAAGAUUUCUCUCGUUAAUCAUCAGAGAACUCACACAGGAGAGAAACCAUAUCAUUGUUUGGAGUGUGGCAAGAGCUUCACCCAAAAGAUUUCUCUCAUUAAUCAUCAAAGAACUCACACAGGGGAGAAACCAUAUCAUUGUUUGGAGUGUGGAAAAAACUUCAGUGAGAAGAGAAGUCUCACUUCUCAUCGAAGAACUCACACUGGGGAGAAACCAUAUGAAUGUUUGGAGUGUGGAAAGUGCUUCAGUGAGAAGGGAAAUCUCACUCAGCAUCAAAAAACUCAUACAGGAACUCACAUAGGAGAGAAACCAAAUCAUUGUCUGGAGUGUGGAAAGAGCUUCAGUCAUAAGAUUAAUCUCACUAAUCAUCAGAGAACUCAUAGAGGGGAGAAACCAUACAAUUAUUUGGAGUGUGGAAAGAGCUUCGGGAAGACAGAAUCUCUUACUCUGUAUCAGAGAACUCACACAGGGGGAAAACCGUAUCAUUGUUUGGAGUGUGGAAUGAGCUUCAGGAAGAAGGAAUCUCUUACUCUGCAGUAGAGAACUCACACAGGUGAGAAACCAUAACAUUUUAUGGAAUGUGGAAAGAGCUUCAGUAAUGAGAGAACUCUCACUUCUCAUCACAGAAUUCAAACAGGAGAGAAAACAUACAUUUUUUGGAGUAUGGAGAGAGAUUCAGUCAACAGUGGAAUAUAACUUCUCAUCAAAGAACUCACACCAGGGAACGACGACACACCAUAUAAAUGCUUAGAGUGCAGAAAGAGUUUCAGUGAGAAGACAAUUCUCACUUCUCAUCACAGAACCCACUCAGAAGAGAAACCAUAGAAAUAACCUGGAGUAUGGAAUUAGGUUAUUAACAUUUAUUUCACAUUAGAAGACCAAUGUAGGUGAUAUACCAUAUAAAGGAUGCUGAAGCUAAGACAACAAAGAAACUUUAAUGAACGUUUUGUUCUUAUAUCAAAACAUAGUAAA